AUGGAGCCAGCAGAGAUCAGAUUCUCUCUACAGAGACCUCUACAGCACACAGAUCCAGACAUGGCUCCUACAACCACUGCAGCAAUGACCAACUCUCAGGAGCAUCUCACUCUGACCCACAAGCUCAGAAAACCUCUGGUGGAGAAGUUACGCAGAGAGCGAAUCAACAGCAGCAUUGAGCAGCUCAAGUCUCUCCUGGGUCCAGAGUCCCUCAAACAGCAGCCAGACUCCAAGCUGGAGAAAGCAGACAUCCUGGAGAUGACAGUUUGUGUCCUGAGACGACUGCAGCAGAUGAAUCAGCAGCAGAGAAGACUGCUGAACCACUUCAACAAGCUGCAGUCUUCCUCUGAUAACAACCUGAGAGAGGCUGACUUCUCUCCUCUGAGCUCCACAGUCCAGACCAGCAUCACCACAGACAAGAGUCCAGUCAACAGCGCCCCCUGGAGGCCGUGGUAGACACCUACAGACUGGAGUUGCUGCCAGACAAAGUGAGACCACCAUAUUGGUCAAAGACUAUUGAAAAAUAUAU